UAGGAGGGCUUCUGGUAAAACAAUCCAGACAGACAGGUAAGGACUUGAUAAGGAGAACGAGAAUGAGAAUGAAAGUUAGGAAAAAGUAAGCUUUUCUCUCAAGAAGAUUUCUUUUUAUUCAAAAAACAAACCGAGUUUCUCCAGCUCAGCCUUUAUUGCAGCUUGUCUCCAACAACAUGAAGGCCGAAGACAAACUGCAGAUAGGAAAAUUCCUUUUCAUGCUGAUCAACUCCUUUUUUGUUAUUUUUGGUAUCAGCCUUUUUGGAUCUUCUGUAUGGAUCUUAUUUGACACAAGUAACGUCAUAACUGUUUUAAGCAAUGACACGGACGUCAAGGUGGUGGCCGGAGGGCUGUUUGUUAUCGGUCUGGUGGUUGUGGGCGUCUCCAUGUUGGGCUGCAUUGGAGUCCACUUAGAGAACAGAUGUUUCAUUGCAUUUUACAUGGGCCUCUUAAUUGCCAUCAUUUUUGGUGAUCUUUUCAUCACCUUGUUACUAUUGGUGAAACGGAACCAAAUUGGGAGGUUUUUGACUGAAAAUGUAGAUGCCAUCAUCAGCAUGUAUGGGGUUAAUGAUACACAAUCCACCUGGAGUCUUCUGGACAGUGUGCAGCAGUCUGCAAAAUGCUGCGGCAGACAGAACGCCAGCGACUGGGAGACAAACAAAUUUAUUCAGCUCCAGAGCACAUCUUACAUUUACCCCUGCUCUUGCUUCAAUGGGACCUGCCCCGUAUUCCUGGACAAUGAGAUGUACCGGUUUGGAAAUGGUACUCAUAUCUACACAACGGGCUGUGAGGAGAAACUAAAGGAUUGGCUUGAAAAGAAUGUACUUGUGAUAAUAGGCAUGGACCUUGCACUCCUAAUCAUUCAGAUCCUGCAGUUUAUUUUGGGAUUUCUCAUCUACCGGAACAUUGUCCCUAAGAGUAAAGCUCACCAAUCUGAAAAUCUUAUCAAUGCAAUGGAAGAGACCCCAGCAUCAAGUUCUGACCCUCACCAAAAUGAUCAGCAGUACUACCAGUCUUCCAUACACACUUCUGACCAACAGCUGCACGAUGCCUAUAAUCAAGAAUAUCCUGGACAGAGUUAUUACCCGUAUCACGAUCGUCAACAUCAGCCCAACAUUCAUACAUAUGACCAGAGACAGAAUGAUGAGUAUGACAUCGCUGGACCGCAUUAUGAUCAGUACGAAAGCCAACUUUAUCAGCACCAUCGUAGCCCUGAGCACAACCAUCAGAUCUAUAACCAGAUACUUGACGAUGGUUAUAAACAACAAUAUGCUGAUGCAAGUUAUGACCAGUAUCCAGAGCAACAUUACCAAUAUGACCGUGACCUGUACCACAGACAGAGCUAUAACGGCAAUUAUAAUCAGGGUUAUGUUCAUGAUGACUACAGGAAUUACUAAUUAUUAAAAUCAUAGUCAACUCCAAAAUUACUAGCACCUUUUAAAAGUGCAAAAAUGACACAAUAAUAAAAAAAUUGCACUCAAACAAUUAGAGAAAACACUUUUAAGCUAACAAAUAAAUUCUUAAAAGAACAACUUGCUUAAAUAAAAGUAUUUUUUUCUCAACAGAAACAUCACCAUCAUUUACAGUAGUACAGAAUAUUUAAAAUAAACAUUAACAAUACUUUUUUUUCAAUUGCUCUCAGUCUAUACAAGCUCUUUGAGCAAAUACUAUUGCACUUAUUAUAUGGUUAAAAAACAUGCAUAGUUGUCUUUGCUGUACAAACUCUCACAUUAACUUCUGUGUAACAGGGUUUUAGCCUUAUGGUAUUCCUAGACUAUGGAGUAUUUCUACUAGUGUCAAGAUGUAACAUCUUAUUUGAUUGAGACUUCAAUCUUAAUUGCACUUCUGUAAGACACUGUGGAUAAGAUCAUCCACUAAAUGCUCUAAAUGUAACUGCUAUUCAUUUUAUAAAUUUCAUUUCAAAUGUUGCUUAUUUUCAGUAGGGGUGCCAAUAGUUCUAGGGUUGACCGUAUACUCUAUGUGAUUGAAUUCUUUAUUUUAUAAAUGAUAGUUGCAACACCUUUGUUUUUGUGAUCUCAUCCUCAUAAGCCAUCAGGUCCUGAUAUUUUUCAUAACGUUGGAGAGUAUGCAUUUUUUUCAACUUGGUAUUUUAUUGAUAAUACUGUAUAAUGAUGUUAUAAAAGUUUGUAACAUACAGUAUAAGAGCAUUUCCUUAUUGACAUGUAAGGCAUAUAAAGAUGAAUUAGUGGAAUAGCAAACUAACCUUGGGUCCAUUUUAUGUUAGCUCACUUCAAUUACUUUGAAUUCCAGCUCAAAAAUAAAACUGGUUAGCUUACUGAUGAAUGAAUCCAGCUCUGUACAUUAUACAUGUAUGUACUGCAAAAUAUGAGAAAAUCAGCAGGAUAAAUACUGUCAAGUUUUACUGGUCAAGUAAAUUAUAAAGAAAAUAAA